AUGAAUGGGCAUGGAGGGGAAGAACAAACUGCUUUUGAGAUAGGGUUCGUAGUUCCAAAGAAAGCUGUGGAACAAGAGGAUGAGAAAUAUGAUUGUGUGGAGGUUCUGGUCGAUGAGUUCAGGAAGGCGGGACUAAUAGUUGAUAGAGUUGUUGGCCUGAAUGAUGAAUUUAUCAAGUUGGCAGCGCCUUUGGAGACUUUGGGGAAAGCUGCGGCUGAGUUGCAAUUGAAAAAAAGAACCCACAUUGGAGUGGAUUUACAGUUUGAGUGGGAUGGGGCUGAAGCCUUUGUCAGGCAACCUGAUGGUUCAUUGUUUAGUUGGUGUGAGCGUUUCCACAGCUACCAGCACAUAAUAAACGGGAUUGUGAAUAAGAGCAAGUUCGUUGUAACAUUAAAGUCUAAUAGCAAAGAGGUCCGCUGGGAGCCAAAAGAACCUCUACUUCGGAAAUUGCAAUCCGAUGGCAUUGUUAAAGAAGUCUUUCCUUUACACGAUGAAACAAAGAGGAAGCAGCUUCUAAGAAGUUGGGCUCUGAAAUGGAGGGACUUCACAAAUCAGCCUAUUGAUGAGAUCUGUUCAUAUUUUGGGAUGAAGAUAGCAACUUAUUUUGAUUUCCUUGGGAUGUACACCCGAUGGAUGUUAUUUCCAGCUGCAUUUGGGCUUACCUUGCAGUUGGUUGAUUUCAGAUCAAUGCAGUUUUUGGUUCUUCCUGUUUUCUUUAUAAGCGUUAUAUCAUGGGCUGUAUUAUUUCUCCAAUUCUGGAAGCGUCAAAACUCUGUUCUUUUAGCCAGGUGGCAGAUUAAUUAUCCAGUUGAAACAGAACCUGGAUAUAAAUUUUUGGAAAUGGAGUGGAGAUCCUUCCAGUCCCCUGUGGAACUCAUGAGGAGAUGGGGGAUGGAGAAAUCAAAAGAGAAAGAGGUUUUCCAAAGAGAAGAAUGGUUUGGACAUCUGAUGAGAUUCAGAAAUGAUGCCAUCGUGAUUCUGAGUAUCAUAUGUCUCCAGCUGCCAUUUGAACUGGCUUAUGCUCAUCUGUAUGAGGCUAUUAGAUCUGGUUUUAUGAAGUAA